UAUAAAAUGAAAGAUUCCCCAGCUCUAAAAGAGCUGAAAUCAAAGACCUCAGUUCUGUGGUAUCUCAGCUACUUCAUGGAUAUCGAAACCAUCAACAAGAUGCUCCUGCUGAAUAAAUGGUUUUACGACAUUUAUUCAAACGAUAUAGUCUGGAACAAUGUAUUUCAUCAAAACUUUACUAAGCUCAGAAUUAUUGACGAUCCUCAGAAUAUGUCCAAGAACAUCUCUGCUAAGAACCAACUUGGAAAGAAGCGAAAGAGAUUUAUCUCAGCAGUCAAGAAUGCUAGGAAAGCUUCUAAAGAGACUUUCACUCCUAAUAAAGAAGAUUGCUAUACAGUGAUUAUUUCAGGCCUCUUGGAGUACAUGCCUGUCGAAACUGCAAUUAAAGAUAUAUACGGGCCUUGUCAAGACAUGUUCUGAUUCUUCAACUGUUUUUUCUUUUCUGACGAGAAGAUAUCUUUGUUAUGCUCUUAUUUCACUCCUCAUCAGCUAUCCACCCAUUCUAUAAGAAGCACAGACUGCUUUUUGUUUCCUUUUAACAGAAAUUUCCCUUGGACAUUUAAAGAAUUUGACAAAAUAAAGACUCUUGUUGAAGAGAAAAAGUGCCAAAAUGUGAUGAUCCUCGAAAAUACCCAUAUCCCUGAGGAUAUGGAAGCCCUUGCCGAUACUCUUGACUCUGACGAGCUAGAUCAAGUGAAACAGGAGCUGGAAAAGCCUCAGAGUGAGAAAUUUCCUGAAAUCGAUGAAUUUGCAUCCUCAAAUCCUGAUAUUCCUUACCUGAAAAUUGAUAUCUGAAGUAAUCAUACCAUUAAUCAAGUGUUUUAUUCCCUUAUCAAACUUUCUAGCAAGAGCAAGAAGGAAAUAGACAUUAAUGGGCAAUUAAUGGAUGAAAAAGAUGUUGAAGCCAUGAUGAAGGCUGGCUGCACUCAAGAUGCCCUCAUGAAAUCCAAAGAGGAAAUCAAUAAUGAGUAUCCAGAGACUGAAGAAACAAAGAAGAAAAAAUGCACAAUAUUUUAACUUAGUCGAUCCUUCAAUAUUUCUAAAGAA